ACCAGUGUCACGUGAUCUGUGUUUACAUCCUCUCAGCUGGUUGUGCAGAAAACACGACUGCGGCGGCGGUGGACCGACAAAAAGUAUGUUUUUUGUGCCGUUGUGCAUGCGCUGGAUUUAAGCUGCUCGGGUGAAUGUACACGUUUGAUCUCAAACGAGAAAUAGACAUGUGAUGAUGAUCUAAAGUGACCACAUAGAAUCUAAAUCGUUGUGCAACCGGCCGGCCGUCCAUCCGUCCAAUUGGAAGAAAUAUUCCCCCACGGAUGUGAAGAGAGGUCACCUUUGUGAACCUCUCCUUGUGUGUUCUUUUUUUUUUUUUUUUUUUUUUUCUUCUUUUUUUUUUUUUUUUUUUUUUUUUUUUUUGGGGGGGAGGGAGACCAUGGGCGGAGCUGUGAGCGCUGGCGAGGACAACGACGAUCUGAUCGACAACCUGAAGGACGCACAGUACAUCCGCACAGACAAGGUGGAGCAGGCAUUCAGGGCUAUAGAUCGCGGGGAUUACUACUUAGAUGGAUACAAAGAAAAUGCCUACAAAGACUUGGCCUGGAAGCACGGCAACAUCCACCUUUCAGCACCAUGCAUCUAUUCUGAGGUCAUGGAGGCGCUGAAGCUGCAGCAAGGACUCUCCUUCCUCAAUCUGGGCAGCGGGACAGGAUACCUGAGCACAAUGGUGGGCCUGAUCAUCGGUCCAUUUGGAGUAAAUCAUGGCGUGGAGCUCCACAAGGAUGUGGUGGAGUAUGCAAAAGACAAACUGGAGGACUUCAUUAAAAACAGUGACAGUUUUGACAAGUUUGAAUUCUGUGAGCCGCAUUUUGUCGUGGGAAACUGUUUAGAGAUCUCGUCAGACAGCCAUCAGUACGAUCGCAUCUACUGUGGAGCCGGAGUUCAGAAAGACCACGAGAACUACAUGAAGGUCAUGCUGAAAGUCGGAGGCAUUCUGGUCAUGCCCAUUGAAGAUCAGUUGACUCAGAUCACCAGAACCGGUCAGAGCUCUUGGGAGAGCAAGAACAUCUUGGCCGUGUCCUUUGCGCCUCUUGUCCAGCAAAACCGAAGUGAAGGCAGCAAACCGGAUGCUGUGAUCUUGCCUCCGCUGUCGGUGCGGAGUCUGCAGGACCUGGCGCGCAUCUACAUCCGCCGCACGCUGCGCAGCCUCAACAACGACGAAAAUGCGUCCAAGGGGACAGGGCCACGCGUGCCACAAAAGCGCAAACGCAGGCGCUGCCGUCGUACCCGGCGUCACCGCGUCAACACCUACGUGUUUGUAGGCAACCAGCUGAUCCCACAACCCAUUGAGAGUGAGGAGGAUGAGAGGAUCGAUGACAAGGACAGCAGAGAGGAAGAGCAGGACAAAGAGGUGGAGAAAGAUAAACCUGAGCAACCUCAGGUCAACGUGCUAAGAGACAAGGUCCUGAGCUUGCCUCUGCCCGAGUCGCUCAAGGCUUAUCUGCUGUAUUACAGAGAGAAAUAAGGAAAACAGUUGACAUUUUGCCGAUGAUCAAGCAAUGUUUUUGUAUUGAGGACUCUCUCUCAUUCUCUCUCUCUUUUCCCCUUAAUUACUUUGAUAAUGUAGCAUAAUUUAAUUUUGUUUCAAGAUUUCAAGGCAAAUUUCAAACCUAUAUGGUUAUGCUUUACAGUAUGUUAUUCAAAUGAUUUAUAAUUCUGGUUCUGAACUCCUUUCACUGAGGACCUAACCGGGCUCACCAGAACAUUUCGAGGUUUCUAAAUCUCUCUAGUAGUUUGUACUCAGCGAUUGCUAUGAUAUUUCAUUCAUAUUACAACAGCAAUCUUUAUAUUAAUUUGUCUCCAGCGCCUGGCCUUGAUCAGUUCUAACUGGCACUUUAUCCAUCUAUAAUUUGUUGAGGAUAAAUAUUUGCCGUUUGGAAAUCUGCACCAGGCUGUUUCUACACUUUACAUUUUAGUUGAUGAUGUGGUUUUUUCAGUGUGUAUCUAUUUGAUAAUCUUAUGGGUGGGAUGCAAAACAAAAUGUGCGUGCAUGUUUGAAUGCAUUUAUUUUUUUCCUUUCCCUUGGAAGGUCACCCUAAGAGGUACAAUAUGAAGCAGGCUUCAUUGGUUAUAACUUAAAGUUCUUUGGUCCAGUCGUAGAUUAAGCCUAGUCUUUGAUUAAAUUGCACUAUUGGUAGAGAUUUUCUAUUGACAAGUCUUUUUACUCAACGACUUCACGUUUGUGUUCCAAAAACCCUCUCGAACCCAGCGUUGCUACAUUUUUCACUUUCCCCGAGGCUUGACAACACUCCCAUCAUGUUUGCGGUAUAAAGUACAGUCACAGUUUGCCGUGUAGUGUGUCACAGUGUACACCCACUACAUAUUUUCCAUUCAUUAUUUCAUUUGUAAUAUAAUACUUAUAUUAACAUAAUGGUAGAUGCUAAGAAGUGUCAUGUUACAGAAAAUAACAGCUUCUAGAUCCUUUUAAAAAAAAAAAAAAAAAAAAAGAUUCUGUGAAAAUUCCGUAUUUUGUGUAUCUGAAAACAGUUGCAGUUUGUAGUUGUUGGGUUUAAGGUUGCUAGUAUUCUUUUGUAGAUGAGAAAACACACUUUUGCAACACACAUGGAGUAUAUAUCAUGCACUUAUUAACUAAUACAGGUGAAAAAAAAAAAAGACUGUAUAAGACUUGUUUCAUACAGAGGAGACAGAUUUUGUGUCCCUUACAUUAUAUUCUUCUUCGGAUUGUGCUUCACGGCAACCUUCAAUUCGAUGUCUUUCUAUUUUUCUUUAUAGCACAAAACCACAACUAUAUUCAUAUAGGUUGAGGUAUAUAUUAAAGAGUAUUAAAGUUUUCAGACUGGGCCAAUGUGGGACUUUCCCCAAUGGAUAUUUUACACAAACAUCACUUUUCAAAGUCAGGAUUUAAGUCUAUUAUCUGCUGGAUAUAUGUACAGUAUAAACUAUAUGGGGUGUGAACUCUUUAAUAAAUUCUAACGUUUGUGAAGUUUCAUGUCCUAAACUGCUCUCUCUAAUUUUAUAUGCUACUACGGUCUUUUCAACAAUCUGUGUAUACAUAAGCUGUUCAUAGAACAAAGCACAUGUAUAGACAGGUGCUGUAUUCUCUUACAAUUCAUUAUAGCUGUCAAGUUUUCGAUUUUCAUUUAUGCUUUAUAAGACAUGGCUGAAACCACCCAACUAAAAUCGUUCAUUGUUCAAAUAAUUUGUAAUUGACAUUGUGCUUGAAAUAUCUCUGAAGCCUUUAAAAGGGAAGAAGUUUAUUUAAUGUAAUUUUUUUUUUUUUUUUUUUGGUAAAACUGCAAGCUGUUUCCAUUCGUUUGAUGCUCUGUUAACAAACCACUGACUCAGCACUUCUCAAUAAUACUGCAGGUCCUACAACUUAUAUUUCUUUAGAAAUACGACUAAGUGGAGGAUCGCCAGGGUAGUUUCUGUCAGAACUGGUGGAGUUUUCCUAGAUGCUUGUUUCCUUGACAAGUACCAAUAGCAAAAUCAGCACCUCCUGACCCCACAACGGUAACCUGGUCGUAGAACCAUGGUUGAAUACUUAACCUUACAUUCUACUUCCUUACAUUCCAGACCACUAAUGUAAUCAUUUCCAUCAGAACUAUUGAAUAUCAAAGUUGUUACGUGGUGAUGUGCUGACGGUGAAACUUUUUUGCACCCUCCUUUUGUUCUGAAAGUUUUCUAAAAGAAAAAUCUAGUCUUGUUGAGAGUGUAUGUGUGGUUGCACUCUGUCUCUUUGGAGAUGGAAAAUGUGGAUUGGCCCAGCACACUAGUCCUCGUCACUACUAUUGAGUCUUGCCUUUGUGAUGUAGCUGCCAGGUGCUGAGUAUUCCACCAGCACUGAAACAGUUUGAUGUGCAACAGUCCCAGUUUUCACUACUGGAGUCACGCAUCCCAGCAUACCACACAUCAGCCACUCGUAACUUCAUGGCUGCAUCCAUAAUUGAAAUGGCUCUGUCUCCUGUCAAGGAAGGCACACACAGUGCACAAGUUGAGCCUCAUUUACAAAGGGGUGAAGUCAACUUGUGACUUAGUCUGAGGGACUCAUCAGGAUAUCAGGAGCUUUGUCUGGUUGCAGCGAAGGGAGUAUUCACAGACCCUGGCAUUGCAGGGGCAGUAAGACAACUUGCACACUUUGUUCACAUCACACUUUGUGCACACUUUGUGUCACAAGAGCUAACCCAAACAGAAGGGUAUGCCACCCCACUGAUAUGUCAGCAGAGAUAUGGCACAUAUUCCACAGCAGUUGGAAAGUGGAAAUGCAUCUUUUGGGUUUAUGGUCAUAACCGAUGGUGUUUAUUCUCUGGGGUCCCCAGACCCCACUUUGUGAACCUUGACAGAACAUCACUGGACAGAACAGCAGUUGUUUUAAGAAGACAUCUAGGUUUCGUAGAUCCAGAAUGGGGCAGAUCAGAAAAAAUCUUGGAAAGCACAUGACCAGGCACUCUAGCCCAUAGUAUGGACUGUACUUGAGAAUAGACAGUUGGCAUUGGUCUUGUACCUUUGUGGGCUUGCUGGUGGUUGGUGAUUUUUAGAUAUGCUCCUGGCAUUAUGUGGAAGUUAGAGCAAGGCUCCAUCAAGUGCUUGUCAAAGAUGCUCCAGUCCCACAGAUUUUGUUAAUUGCCCACAGACUCCAUCAAGGUCUGGUAGAAUAAAAAGCUCACCAACCUGUCCUGGAUUACAAGAGGAAGGGAAUAUUCAACAAUUUGUAACAAGUUCACAACACCAAUUGUGGUGUUGGUGUAAAAUUAUGAAAUUAGUUACUUUACAUCGACAACACUUGUGCUGCUACAUGCCAACACAGACAAUGACUGUUUUAAUGACACAGCCAAUAGGUGCGAGAAUUGAAUUGAAUUGAAUUGAAGGUGUGUGUCUGACCAGACCCUUUUGAUGGUGCAGAUUUGGCAAUCAGAAAAUUAGCAAGAGGCAAAAGAUAUGAAAAUGGGAUACAGGACAUACGUAAUGCAGCAGGGACCUUUAACAGGUUGACCAUAUGGGGUCAGGAGUGACAGGUUUGUUAUCAUACUCGGCAAGGAAACAAGCACAGGGGAAUACUCCGUUAGUUCGGGUCCGAAACGUAUGUUUUCUUAAGCAAAUACUUUUCAAUGUAAGCAUUUUUAAGAUGAUGGAACUUUUGUGAUCCCUAUUCUCUUUUGUUACAGGGUUUCAGAAUUGCGAUCCAGCACAUCAGAUUUUUAAAGGCUCUCUUAUGUUUUUUUUGUUUUUUUAGUGCAACACUGACUGUAAUCUGAUGGUCUGUUUACAACCAUCUUCUCAAUAAAAAUAUAUAUAUACCAGCA